AAAAAGCUUGCGCGAUUUCUGGUUUUCAUGUGGUCGGCGAUCUCCUGCAGUAAAUAUGGUCAGGCAGCCAAUGACUUUCAGCCAUGCGAGACAGCAUUUGCUCUCCAGUCACACAGCGUAUGUGGUCCUACCCCGCAGAUACGGUCUUCGACUCGGCCACGAGAUGGCGGAGGUCCUGGCAUCAAGCUCGAUGAUAAAGAUACACAUUACAUGGGCGUGGUCCCUCGAGCCCUAACCAUCCCGACAGCCUUUCGCCACUUUCCUUUCAACACCGCCGGUAUGGCGGGCCAUGGUUCUUCUAUACCGGGACUCAGUCGUCCUGUGACGGUUGACUACAUUGACCAUCACUUGAAAGAGCGGCACUCAAUGUUUAUGGACCCGCCGGUACAGUAUGAUCCCAUGUCCGGGCAAUAUGCCCCCAUCACCAAGCGGUACGGCGCAACCUCCGGGCAGCACGUCUCUAACAGCCAGGUCGCUGCACCUGUACCGUAUGCCCCAAACGACCAAGGUUCGGGACCGUUUCCGGACAGCAACGGCCCCCCACCCAGACCAGAUUGGGCAAACACCAACGUCAUGUCGUUCUGGAACUCCAUCUUUCCCGACGCCGUGGCCGAGUUCAAGAAGACGAAGGAGCCGCAGGGCCGGUCCAGCACUGACUACAGCAUUCGCAGCCCGGACAGCUGGGACGAGAUUUACAGCAGGCUGGAAGCGGCGCGGGCCAAGUAUCAGCAAAAGGGAGGGCCAGUGGGUUGGCUGCGGGACAAGCGGCGGACAGUGGCCAACAACGCUGCGCCACUAGCAGGGGCGGUCAAGGCUGGCACCAAGGCUACCCCCAGCGACCCCAUUGCCACACCGGUUUUGGCUGCCGUGGGACUAAUCUUGGAUGCCGUCAAGACCGCCGCGGAUGUGCGCCAAAUGGCCAUUAGCGCCUUCGAUGAAGUUAUCCCUCUCUUCUCAGACGUUGAGUUGUUUCUGGGGACAUUCCAGGGCGAUGGGCGAAUCCGGAGCACCUCGGUGGACCUGGUAGCUACUACGCUGGUCGCGAUCGAGAACGCAAUUGGCUUCUUCAUAAGCAACGAAUUUUGGAGGGGCGCCAAGGCCAUAGUGGCCGCGGGUGACUAUGAAAAGAGCAUGAUAAAAAGCCUCGACGCGAUCAAAACGAAGAGUGCACGUCUCAUGGAGGAGGCAGCAAAGUCGCACAUAUACGAGUUCCACAUGUUUUCCCAGGAGACGCGAAGGUUCCACAGACAAAUAGUAGAAAUGGAGGAAAACGCGAGCGUCUGCAUGAACUCACUCAAAGACAUGUUUGAAGAGCACCGGGUGCAAAAGGACCGCCAGCUCGAAGCCGCUCGGCAGGAGAUCUUGCACCUCCGUAUCACGAACGAGAGGCUACGAGCCGCGACGCCAUCCCCGCUGGGCUGGUGGCAGCCGCCGCAGCAGCUGUCGCCGCAACCCUCCAUGGGCCCGUACAUCAGUCCAGAGGGCCUGCGGCGAAUUCUCAACACGGCCGAUCUAGACCUAGCCGACCUCGCCUUCGUGAACGACAGGAAGGGGCACCUGCCCGAGCGGGAGCGCGCGCAGGCGGAACAAAUCGUCAACACGCAGCCAUUCCAGAGAUGGGUCGUGUCGGCAUCCUCGGCGAAGCUGUUGGUGCACUGGGAUCCCAUCCUGCCCGAGACCGUCGCCGGCGUGUCGCCCCUGUCGGUCUUUUGCGCCACCAUGACCAAGGCGCUGCGGGCCAAGGAUCGCUUCCUGUCGGCGACGUGGUUCUGCGGGCGGCACAUCGACCCGGCCGAGGCCGGCGGGCACGUCGGCGGGCGCGCCAUGCUGGCCAGCCUCAUCGACCAGCUGCUGCGGCAGCACGCCUUCGACACGCGGCUCAUGUGCAGCGACGUCGACAUCCCGGCCUUGCAAGCAGGGGGGCUCGACGGGCUUGUCCAGUUGCUGGGCUGGCUGGCGCGACAGCUGCCUGAAACGGUGACGCUUUUUUGCAUCAUCGACGGCGUGUACCUGUUCGAGCGGGACGAGUUGAGCGACGAGGCGCUGCCCGCGUUUCUGAGCCUUAUACACCUCGCCGGGGACAGGAGCGUGCCCGCCACCAUCAAGGUGCUACUUAUGAGCACGCCGGGCACACACAUCGUGAGGGGGGCCUUCGAGGAAGAAGAUUUGAUCCUGAGGGUGAACGGGCUGCCGCAACUUGGCUGGGCGCCGAGUGAUGAGCCCCCAAUGGAACUUAGGUCCAAAGUGUCUCUGGGUGGCGGCGCCGGCAAGCUCACUCCCAGCGGCGACGGGUCGCCGUCCGCGAUCGUGGUGCCGCAGGGAGACCUCACCGCUCUGCCCUUCCACAAGCGCAUCAGGCCCGGCAUGGUGGUGCGCAGGAGCCCGGGCAGCUCCUUCAAGCUCAGAAUCCCCGGCCAGAGCCUCGCGGUGGUCCUCCGCCCGCAGUCGGCGCUCAGUCCUGGCGAGGGCGGAGCCGAGGGAAAGCCGGCUUACCUCGGCGUAAUGGUGCUCCCGGGGCUCAUAUCCGGGUCGUACGAGGUCGGCAUGUGGCGCCGGAUGCUAGUCCGGGUCGAUCAGUAG